AUGGAAAACAACAACAGUUCAUCAAAUUCUUCUGUGUGCACCAAAAUCCGUCAUGUCUUUGCAAGCAAUCCUGCUGUCCGAGCCAUUCAAAAAAUCUCGAGCUUCAAUCAAGAACACAAACAUGUCACCAAUGGUUCAAAUUCUCCAUCAUCUCUCCCUAAGACAGUUAGUGUCCAAACAAAACCACAUCAUCCUACACAUCACAAGGCUCAAACAGAAACAUCAUCAGAUGCAAUCCCUAUCAUGUUUGAUUAUCCGACACCUGCAUACAAAGAGAAUGGAUACUCAAAAGCAGUUCCAAGUGUAGCAAAAGCAAAAGGUGCUUCAACUCUUGUUGGAAGUUCAGAAAGAGAAACAAAAGUUUCUGCCAAGAGUGAAUUACCUCAACAACAUGCUCCCAAGAAAGCAGUGGCACAAAAUGGUAAUCAACAAGGUAAGGAAUCAGUGGAUAUUAAUGACACUUUCAAAGAUUUCAUUCAACGCGCUAAGAAAAAAAUCAGAACCGUUUCGAAUAUCGGUAGGGGUCAGAACAACCCUGCAGCUGCUCCAGAUCACGAGAUUCAUCAUGGUAAUACUGGCAAAAAUGAAAGCCUUGAAGACCAUUUUCAGGACUUCAUUCAUCGCGCUAAGAAGAAGAUCAGAACCACAACAACAGUUGGAAAGACCGGUUCCAUGAGAAGAAAUUAAGGAUAUGAUUAUUGAAAUGAGGAGUGUCUCAAAAAAUGUCCAUUAAUAAGCUGGUGAUGGUAAAGUGUUAUGUGAUGUAUCAUAUCUAGGUAGCUGAGUGCAGAUAAAAAUAAGAUCAUAGUCUGUUGUGGUUUGCAAGCCUAAUAUUUAUUUUAUAUCUCGUAUUUGUGCUAAAUUUGAAGAGUUGAACUUUUAAUUCAAUGGGUGGAUUUGUGAAAUUUAAUGUUUAUAAUGAUAUGAUAUGUUAUUAUUGAAUGGAGUAAUUCUACCAAGAGUUACUAGA